AUGGCGCCCUUGUUGCUCUGUUACCUGCAAUACGUAUUCGUGCUCACUCUGUUUUUUUUUUUUGGCUGUUGUUAUACCUUGACUUGCUCCAUCUCGCAAUUCUCUCGCCAUCUAAGAUCUUGUACGUGUUGGAUAUUCUACUCAUUGUACAGACAAAUUCUUUUCCUUGGGUGUCUUGAACUCUGCCGGAC